AUGUGGUGGCUCUUGUUGUGUUCACUGUUCGCGCCCACACACGCGGUGGUAGGUGGCAGGCAGGCUGCACCACCCGAGCCUGAUGCUGCUGUGGUCUUCACACAGAAACAUGGACUGAGUGCUAGAUUAGAAGGCAUCAAGGACGACGCACGCGGAUACUACGUCUUCGCCGGUUUGAGGUAUGCGGAACCUCCGUUGGGUUCGAGGAGGUUUCAGAGGCCGGUGCGUCGUUUCUUGGCUGGUGAACAGCUUGCUAACAGACACUGUCUUCCGUGCCCUCAAAUGGACCCCAGAGGAUCUGGCAGGGUGAUUGGACACGAGGAUUGCCUCUGUUUGAACGUUUACGCACCGAAAAUGCCCGGCGACGAAGAAGGUUGCCCCGUUAUUUUCUUUAUUCAUGGAGGCAAUUAUCGAACUGGCUCAGCUGCUCCGUAUGGGGGUGUACAUUUCACUCAAAAGGACACGAUACUCGUAACAGCGCAGUAUCGCUUGGGGUCCCUUGGUUUUUUAAGUACUGGGGAGAUCGACGCUUCUGGAAAUACGGGUUUAUUUGACCUUAGAGCAGCCAUGGCAUGGGUGAAAGACUACAUAUCAUUCUUCGGUGGAGACCCUUCCAGGAUAACUGUAAUGGGCCAUGGCUCAGGUGGUAGUGCGGCGACAUUGAUGGCUUUGUCUCCUGAGGGUCGUUCAGCGACCGGGGUCGCAGCCCUCUCUGGAGCACCCCUGUCUCCGGGCGCCGUCAGAGAGAAUCCAUACCAACACGCUGAGGCCCUGUCAGAAAAAACCGGUUGUCCUAAAGCACCCGCAGAAAAACUUCUCAACUGUUUAAAGACUCUACCCGCUGAGAAGAUUAUAAUGGCUGAUAAUGAAAUUAAAGGAGAUAUGAUUGACGUAAACUCUUUCCUUGACGAGCUGUCCGGCCGUUCUGGUGCUGGUUCACGUGUGGAAGGCCCUCACGAUCGUCGUUCUCUGCCGCCGCUCGUGGAGGAGGCUCCUACCGACUCCCUCAAACGGAAACACCAGCGAGUGCCCAUGUUCACUGGAGUCACCUCUGCAGAGACCGCCAAUGCCGUGUUUGGUAAAUACAGGAAUUUCCUGAUUAACCAAGUGACAGAAGUAAAAGACUUCAUCAAAAAUCAUCUGAUUGGUGGUUUACGUGGCGUGGUUCAGACGGUGCAAGGACUUAACCCGUUGGAGUUGACGGGACUAAACCAGGUCGUUCCUCUGCCAGAUUAUUACCAAGCCGUCUUCGACAACUCCCUGAAGGCUAUUGACGCUCUGAGCGAAAUCGUUGAAGCUACCGGUGACGCUCUAUUCAAUUUCCCUGCAUACCAAAGCGUCCGUGAGUGGAGUACUGGAGCCCCUGCCUUCCUCUACAGCUUCGAACAUCUCGGCAACUUGACACGAGGCAAUCACUUCCUCCCGGGACUUGCUCUCACACAGAGGUCUGUCAAUGCUAGUGAUGGUAAAAAUAGUAAAAUCAAGGGCCCAGCUCACGGAGACGAACUGGCGUAUCUGUUUGAACCACUUGACGAAGAAGGAAACCCAAUUAAUGAAGUGGUCUCCUCAACGGAUGCUCGCGUUAGAGAGUCUUUUAUUGAGCUUUUCGCCAAAUUCGCUCAUAGAACUGCUUCAGACAAGAAAAGCAACAGCACUAGGCCAAAAAUAUUUGACUUCCUGCCAUUCUCAUCGGAUAAGGAACAAUAUUUAAAAAUAUCAGACACAGUAACAACCGAGAAAGAUUUUAGAUUCUGUCAAAUGGGUUUGUGGGGAGGUAUGGCGGAACGUGUGACAGGAAGUUUGUGCAAAAACAUUUUGGGUCAGAUCCUUAACCUUCCUAAGUUACCUUUCGUCGGAGGGAAGCAAAUCGUUGAUCCUCUAGCAGGAAAAUAUCCAAAUAUUAACCCGGACCUUAGCUCAGUUUUGAACAUUCCUAACAACGCGGGAACGAAUAAUCCUUUAGGCUUACCAUUAAUUUCAAAGAAGCCCCCCAGUACUGUAAAACCUAUGUGGAAUAGCCCUUUUGGUAAUCCUUUCGGAAUAUAA